UGAUUCUCUAUUCUCUGCAUGUAUGGCUGCAAAGGCAGCAUUUGUGAGCUUCUAUGAGACACUGAGAUUUGAAUUGAAAGACAAGGUUGGAAUAACGAUAGCAACACAUGGUUGGAUUGGAAGUGAGAUGACGCCCAACAAGAUCAUGCUAGCGGAGGGUGCAGACAUGCAGUGGAAAGAAGAAAGAACUUCUUGGAGCAAACAGCCACUGAAGAUGGAGGGUGUUAUGCAGUGCUCCGCUAACUAUGUCCCUCUGACUCCGAUCACCUUCUUGGAGCGUUCUGCCAUUGUUUACCCGAACUCACCUUCUGUGGUGUUCAGUGACGUCACCUACACAUGGUCUCAGACUCAUCAACGCUGCACCAAACUCGCUUCUUCCAUUUCUCAGCUUGGUGUUUCACCCGGUGAUGUGGUUGCUGUAUUGGCUCCUAAUAUUCCAGCUAUGUAUGAGCUACAUUUUGGUGUUCCAAUGUCAGGGGCUGUUCUCUGUACUUUAAAUACACGUCACGGUUCAGCAAUGGCUUCAUUUUUACUAAAACAUUCUGAUGCCAGGGUCCUUUUUGUAGACUAUCAAUUUCUAGAUGUGGCUCAAGGAGCACUUGAAAUCCUGUCAAAAACAACCACCUACCUUCCCCGUUUGGUCUUAAUUUUGGAGUGUGUUCAUCCAUCACCUCACACUGAUCACAGUUCUUCCUCUCCUGGAAUGUUAAUCUAUGAAGAUCUUAUAGCUCAAGGGAAUCUUGAAUUCGAGGUGAGAAGGCCAAAGGAUGAGUGUGAUCCAAUCUCACUCAAUUACACUUCUGGAACUACAUCAAGUCCUAAAGGUGUCAUCUAUAGCCACAGAGGUGCUUAUCUUAAUGCCUUGGCUACAGUUCUUCUUAAUGAGAUGAGGUCUAUGCCAGUGUAUUUAUGGUGUGUUCCCAUGUUUCAUUGUAACGGAUGGUGCCUCCCCUGGGGAAUUGCUGCUCAGGGUGGCACCAAUGUCUGCCAAAGAAAUGUAACUGCUGAAGGGAUAUUUGACAAUAUCUUUAACCACAAGGUAACACACAUGGCUGGCGCACCUACAGUCUUGAACAUGAUAAUAAACUCACCUUCUGAAGUCCGGAAGCCACUUCCAGGAAAGGUGGCAGUGAUUACCGGUGGUGCUCCACCGCCACCGGAUGUGUUUUCCAGGAUGGAAGAACUAGGAUUUAUUGUGGCUCAUGGAUAUGGUUUGACAGAAACUUAUGGUGGCGCAACAAUUUGCACAUGGAAACCAGAAUGGGAUAGCCUACCUCGUGCAGCACAAGCAAAGAUAAGGGCUCGUCAAGGAGUGCAGCAUCUUGGAUUGGAACAAGUUGAUGUAAAAGAUCCUCUGACAAUGAAGAGUGUACCAGCUGAUGCAAAAACUAUGGGUGAGGUGAUGUUCAGGGGAAACACUGUGAUGAAUGGAUAUCUGAAGGAUCUGAAAGCAACACAAGAUGCAUUUAAAGGUGGAUGGUUUAGGUCUGGUGACUUGGGAGUAAAGCAUCCUGAUGGUUACAUUGAACUUAAGGACCGCGCAAAAGACAUUAUCAUAUCUGGGGGAGAAAAUAUCAGCUCCAUUGAGUUGGAAGGUGUGAUUUUUAGUCAUCCAGCAGUUGUUGAGGCUGCUGUCGUUGGGAGGCCUGAUGAUUACUGGGGAGAGACACCUUGUGCAUUUGUAAAACUUAAGGAGGGUUAUAGUGCUACGGCAGAGGAAAUAAUACAAUUCUGUCACAAGCGUUUGCCUCGCUAUAUGGCUCCUCGGACUGUGGUGUUUGCUGAUCUGCCAAAGACAUCAACUGGCAAGACACAGAAAUAUGUUCUGAGGGAGAAGGCAAAGGCCAUGGGAAGCUUGUCUAAGAGGAACACUAGCCGAUUGUAAAUCACAUUUGAAACAAAAGGAAAGAAACUGAAUGCUUAUCCUUAAUGCUAUGUACUUUCUUGUUGUAAAUUCAUUUUCAUAUGCAUUUAGUAUUUGUCUCUUUUCCAUGAAUGGAAAACAUGCAGAAACUCAACUGAACAUUUGAACUUGA